GUUUUUUUUUACUGAAAAAAUAAUUUUCCUUGAAUCGGAAAUAGCCGAUAUUUUUGCUUUUGUAAGCUAGAAAUUGAUUUCUUCUUCAAAAUGUGAUCCGGUCGCUGAAAACUUAACAAUUAACUACCCAAGGAUAUGUGUACCACAGAUGAAAAAGAUGAGGCAAGGAGAAUAACAACGAAAUAUGUGAAAACAUCAACACAACAUGUUGCCUGCAUACGCCAGAUUUAUUGUCCGACACUUCUAUUUGUUUAUUUUUAUCGUAAGUUUGAUAUCCAGUACACUUACUUUAAUACCGCUGCUAUGUCACGAUAUUCCAUCAUUUACGGACCCUGUGGCCGGCUUCGAGACCCGGGGCACGACCUUGGCCCAUCGUUUUGUUGCGUGGGAGAACCUCAUUGAGGAAACCAGACCCUCCCGACGGCUCGCCGUCAAUCCCCAGGAAAUAGAAGACCAAAUACGCAUGAACGAAACCUUCCACAACAGAAGCAUGCAUGCAAAACCAAAGUUGAGCCAUGGUAAAUCGCACAAAAACAGAACAAAGAAUAAAAAGAAAAAAGUUAACACCAACAUAGGCAUUGAAUACACCAUGUAUGACACUUCACACUCUGUAAAUUACUCAAAAGAUCAUGUGCACUGGGGCUAUGGCAAAAAUGUUACCUUGGAAGAUGAAAAAGCAGUGCUGAUCAAAGAUCAUACGCGAAAGCAGUGGAUCACACUUAAAGAGUUGGAAAGAGGGCCCGGUCCACCGUUAUUCCACAACCUUGCAUCUGGAACUUGUGGGCCACCAGUAUCAGAUUAUGCCCAUUUAGUUAUCAAAAGUAUGGAUAACACUUCUCUACUGUCAUAUGAAAAUGUGGAAAAGAUGUGUAAACUUCAGUCAAUACUCAUAGAAGCAGGCGGCGAAGAAUAUCAUAAGCUGUGCCAAAGGUCAACACACUCGGAGGAGCUUUGCUGCCCGGUUUGGAGUGUGCCAAAUUAUAUAGCAUUAAUGUCUGGCAAGUAUUCUUGUGAAAAUUUAUCUAGGGAAGAUGUGAAUAUGUCUGUAGUAGUAUUGCAACAGUGUGCAGAUUAUUUUCAUAAUUUUACUUUGAUGGCCUCCUGUGACUUGGACCGUUGUAGAGUCCCUAAAUUUUGUUCUGAUUACAAUGCAGUGUAUAAUUUACUAUUCUAUAUGCUAGACACAGAUGCAUUUACGCCCACAGAUUCCUCAAAAACUUUUGUAGCGAAUGCCAUGUUAUUUUUGCCAUUACCUAGUAGUAGUACAGUCAUGCCAUAUUAUAAGAAAUUACAAAGUUCAAAUUUAUCUUAUGACACACUUGUCAUACCUGCCAUAGAUUUUGGAUUGAAAAAUGCUCUCUUUGAUUUGUGGAUCAUACAAGAUACUUGGCUUAUAGGGUUAGGAUGUAUUUUUGUAUUGCUAUGUGUAUGGAUUUAUACAAGAUCUUUACUUCUUACUUUGAUGUUGUUUACAGCCAUUACAUAUUCUCUUGGUAUAGCAUACUUCAUGUAUGUGUAUGUGUUCAAUUUGAACUUCUUUCCUUUUAUGAAUUUAUUAGUGAUAGUUGUAAUUAUAGGUAUUGGAGCUGAUGAUGCAUUUCUCUAUAUGAAAGUGUGGAGUAUGAUAAGUAAGCAACUCAUCAGGGAUAAUAUAGUUAGUGAUGAUGAUAAUGGUCUCAGUAAUAUUAAAAAUAUGUCCAGUGCAGGUGAAACUAUCCUGGUUCAAGCAUUGGAGGAGACUCUUAGACAUUCAAUGGUGACAAUGUUCAUAACGACACUGACAACUGCAGUUGCAUUUUUUGCUUCUUAUGUAAGCUACAUUCCUGCUAUUAAUUGUUUUAGUGUUUUUGCUGGAACAACUGUUGUGGUCAAUUUCUUCUUGAUGGUAACUUGGCUACCAGUAUCAGUGUAUAUUAUAGAUGUUAAGAUGUGCAAAAGUAAACAGGUAUUAUUAGAUUAUAUUUUUAAAUAUAUUAAACAAAUGUGGGAAGAAGUAAGAAUAGUUCUUAAUGCAUUUAUUAUCAGAUGUGUGGAAAAGUUACAUAUAGUAUUGGUUGUAGUGUUGGGCGCUACAGGAAUCUACAGUAUUGUUGCAGUAUUCUAUUUUCCUGGUCUUCAGUUACCAGAAUCUAGGGAAUUCCAGCUCUUUCAAAGCUUGCAUCCUUUUGAACAGUAUGAUCUGCAUUAUAGGGAUAAAUUCUUAUUUGAAAGACUGGGUAAGGAUCUAGGUACGGGUAGCAGAAUGCCUCUUCGAUGGGUUUGGGGAGUGAAGGCUAUAGACAAUGGCAACCAUAUGGACCCUGCGUCGAGGGGAAAACUUGUAUUUGAAGAGGAUUUUUCAAUAUCCGAGCCAGAGUCUCAAUUAUGGUUAUUACAGUUCUGUGAUAAAUUAAAAGCUCAGCCAUUCUUUCAACAAACUUUAGGACCUCUUUUACCGAAUUGCUUUAUUGAGAGCUUUAAAAAAUAUAUGGAUAGGCGAUGUGUUGAUAGUUUUGAUAAAAUUGAUAGAUCUCCGUGUUGUGAGGUUUCCGAAUUUCCGUACGAAAAAGAAGUAUUUGAUCUAUGCAUUAUAAAGGCAAUGACCGCGUUGUACCAGACCCCCCGCGAGCUGUUCCUCCCCGGGGUGGCGGGGCCCAAGUUCCUGAGGAGCGCCAGACCUCCCAAAAUUGUUGCGUUAGUUGUAGAGUUUGAGAGUGUUGUACCCUAUUCCAUGUCAUACAAAACAAUGCAAGAUUUCUUCACGAAAGCAGAAAACUGGACUCAACACGAACUGGAAACAGCUCCUCCUGGCAUGAAAUCCGGGUGGUUUUUGUCGGAUUUGCAGUUUUACGAUCUGCAAAGAACUUUGGCAAGUGGGACUGUAAUCGCUUUGUUGUUGUCUGCUACGUUAGGGUUUGUCGUUCUCAUCCCAGCUACUCUGAACUUCGUCAUCAGCUUGUGCGCUUUGGUUGCGAUGAUUUUCUCAUCAACUGUGACGAUAACGAUUUUAGUGUGGUACGGUUGGAAAUUGAAUGUUUUGGAGAGUGUGGCUAUAUCGACAUCUGCUGGGUUAGCAGUAGACUUCAGUCUUCACUAUGCUUUGAGUUACACAAACGCUAUCGGCACUAAGUUUGCUCGAGUGAAGUACGCUCUAUCGGCAUCGGCCGGACCUACUGCAGCAGCUGCUCUUACAACGGGAUUUGCUGGUAUUUUUCUGUUAAGAUCUAAGCUUCUUCCCUACUCUCAAAUCGGUACGUUUCUGGCUCUGAUAAUGUCCGUCAGCUGGACAUAUGCCACCUUCUUCCUUUGCUCUCUACUCUACAUUGUUGGCGCCGAGUCGACCAAAGAGUCAUCUAAAGAAGAAAGGAAAUCGGUGUCGCGAGUCAGCUCUAUAUGUUCUGGAGUUCCCAACUUGGAGAGUCAUGAGCUAGAGCACCUGGCGGACAGUAGCCGCACUAACAUGACGCAGUCCCAGAGCCCGCCGUCGACCGCCAGUGUCACCACUGUACUCCACGAAGACUUGGACAUUUCUAUAUCCAAUCACUCGCAUGCUAGAAUGGAGACGAUAUCUAGUACUUAAGGAAUUAGGCAUGGUUAACGACUGAAUGGUUAGAAUUAAGACUACUUAAUUUAUUGUAAAUAGGUACAAUGUAACCUACCUUGAUAUUAGUGCCAAAUUACUAUUUUGGAUAACUUAAACAAGAAAUCUCUAUAGAUGUUACAGUUACAGAUCACAAUUUUCUUAUAAGUAAUGAAUGACUUACCUAGAUUUUAUGAUAAUGAUUUAUUUUUAUUGAAAUCUAUAUUCAUCGUUGCAGACUGUUAUAAAGUAUUAAACGUGUUUAAUAUAAUUCAUGUUGUUAAAUUUAAUAAAAUGACUAUUCACUGUAGUAGAAAAAAAUCAUUGUGACAAUAAUUAGAAAGACACCAUCGACAAUAUAAAAUCCAACGAGCUUAGCUUGCGCACGCGUUUAUUUCUGUGUCCAAAUAUUUAUUUACUGCCCCAUAAAAUGCUAUUGCGCCUGGUAUGUCACUACUACCGUGUUUACCGCACUUAUGGUCAUUAGGUAUACAACUAUAGGUACAUACAAGGUACAUACCCAUGCCGCGCUUGAAGUUUGUCAAAUUAUACUUAAGUAUGCAAAACAUGUUGUUGAUAUGCUGUGUCAGUGCUAGGCGCAAUACCAUUUUAUAUAUGACUUGGGGUUUAUAAAAUGACAUGCUUGCCAUAAUUUACUUUACAAUAUUCCUUGAUAAUGGCGAUUGUGUCAACAUUUGAGACUAUUGACGAAUGUAUUUUAGUUACCAGACUAUUAAACUAUUAAUUUAAUAUGAAAUAAUAAGUACCUGCCACCUACAUAGGUACAUAUUUCCAUGAUGUUUAGCCUCACCCACCGUAACUGAAAUAGUUGAGAUUCUUAUCCACAAACCUUAUCUAAUUUUAUAGAAUAAUAUUUAUUGCCCGUGCCAAAAGUGUAUUGGCUUAGCGUCUUAUAAGUACACACCUUGUUUACACAUACAGCCCAUCGUUUCUAUUACCUACUUAUUAUGGUACUUACUUAAAUGUGUUACAUAAGUUGUAUUAGCUAUGAUUCGAUCAUAGCAGUUCUCAUUAGGUACACUACAAAACUAUCUCUGUUUCAAUGUGUAUGUAAACAUGAUGGUUGUCUAGGUUUCUAUAAGUACCUACAGUUUACCUAAAUCUAGAUGUAACCAUGUAUAAUUUAGUAAUUUGUGUCUUCAGAUAAUUAUGUGUUAAAUGUCGACAAAACUUAAGAAAGUACUUAAUAAAGUGUUAUUUUGUAUUAAUACAAA